GUAAAGUCAACAAUUUCCUUCGAAAAUUUAUGAGUAUUCUGCUGCCUAUUUUCUCACACCCACCAAUCAUAUUGUAUGUCCCUUGAAUCCAAGUAAUAGCUAUGAAGAAUAAACAAAAGUAGAAAAAAUAAUAAAAAACAAUUUAAUUACACAACAUGAGAUCCAUUCAAUCUAUUAGUAACUUGUUAUUAGAUUAUAGUAACCACUUUCUGUCUCUUGUUCUACCAAAACAAAACGCUUCAUCAUGAGCUCUAACAACAAAACUGAUGAUUCCGACGACCGUUCUUUCUGGCAAAACUCGACUUCUUACGAUGCCAGCAGCAAGAUUUUCCUCGUCACCACCGUUUCCUUCUCUAUUAUUAUCAUCAUCGUGUUCGUUUAUUAUCUCUACGCAAAAUUCGUUCUCCACCGUAGAUCAGCCUUCCAAGACCUCUCCUUCUCUGUCGUUUCUCAGCCGCCAAAACGUGGCCUCGAUUCUCUAGUCAUCGCUUCUCUCCCAACGUUCGUGGUUGGAAUCAAGAAUGACGUGGCGGGUACGGAAUGUGCGGUUUGUCUAAGCUUAUUGGAGGAGAAAGAUAAUGCAAGGAUGUUACCGAACUGCAAACACGUGUUCCACGUGUCUUGCGUUGACACGUGGCUCACCACGCAGUCCACUUGUCCCGUUUGUCGAACUGAAGCCGAGCCAAGUCAUCCAAGGCUUGAGCCUGAGCCUAGGGAAGGGCCAGUUGGCGACUUUGCACCGCCGUUAGAUUUCGCGGGGGUUGAUAACAAAACCGGCGGAUCAUCGGUUUCGAGGUUAGACUCGUUCCGGAGGAUUUUGACAAGGGAAAGAUCUUCGAACAGGCGGGAUCAUUCUCGCGUUGACCAAGAUCGUGAAUUGGAUAUUGAAAGACAGUGAAUUCAGUAUAUAGUAUAUACACACAUACGCCGGUUAAAAAAAAAAAAGUAUAAACACACAUGCAUCCAUAAUUAAUCCUUAAUUCAUGAACCAUAAUACUUCUUCUUCCUUUUAACUUUUUAUUCUUGUACUGAAAUCUUUUGUAUGUGUAAAUAUGAAUGGCACACUUUUUGUAUGUUACAGUAAUUACAAAAACAUUGUUGCUUAUUGCUUAACGUGUGAAAAGGGGAAAAGAAAAAAAGAAAGUUGAACUUGUAACAUACAAUCGAGACAAUUUUGUUAUUAAGGUAUAUCUAAUGCGUGUGUGCCCUACAUAGACGACUCUUCUUCAAGUCAAACUUUGUGGUUCCCACACGUAUCCUCACAGGCUCACACGUUUUAACCUUUAAUUUUCGUAUUUUC